AGUAUGGCCCUCGCAGGUUUCCGUAAGAGGUAUACGGUAAAUAAACGUUUUCUGUCAGUUAAAUUCAGAACAUGAAGUAUUUGUAGUGGUCAUAAUAUCGUGUAUUAUUACAUCAGACAUGGAUACGGCGUGUAGGGGGAGGAAGAGUGAGUCUGCAGACAUUAGUAUUGAUAUUUCUGGUGAGCCUUACAGCGUGUCCGUGCUUAAACAUGGCUACUGCAUCAGCCAGCCCGAUGGCACGUUUCGGGCAGAUGGCACCAUCACUUUAUUGACUGGACCACAGACUGUAUUGGUGGACACGGGAGGUCCAUGGGACCGGGACUUCCUACUGUCUAAACUGAAAGAAAAGAGACUAACACCAGCAGAUGUUACAUGGGUGGUCGGUACACACGGACACUCGGAUCACGUGGGGAAUCUCAACCUGUUUACCGGAGCUACAGUAGUAGUGGGGUGUGACAUCAGCCAGGGGGAUCGAUACCUGCCAAACGAGCUGGCACAGGGGGUUCCCUACAUCAUCGACCAGCAUGUGUCCAUCAUCUUCACCCCUGGUCAUACUGGACGUGAUGUAAGUGUUCUUGUUAAGGACACAACUGUGGGACAGGUUCUUGUUGCUGGGGACCUGUUUGAGCGUUGUUCUGAUGAAGACUCAUGGAGAGGUCUUAGUGAGAAUCCAGAGGUGCAGGAAAUGACUCGACAGUCAGUUUUAAAAUAUGCUGAUGUAAUAAUUCCUGGACAUGGGCUGCCUUUCAGGGUAUUCAGAGAGUCUGUUGACUAAGAAGCAGAAACCAUGUGAACUGUAUAAUCAGUGCUUUGUCCUGUGAUUUUUGAAUGGUCAUACAAAAAAAUAGCAUUGUAGGGAAAAAACACAGCUUUCAUUUUACUGGGAAUAAAAAAAAACACA